UGUACAAUAUAAAAUUAUAACAAGAAGUAUAGUUAUAAAAAAAUAUUUUAUACGUUAUCAUACUUUAAUAUAAUAAUAUUUGAAUAAUGUUUGAACCAAUAGUUCUAAAAAAAAAACAAUUUCGAACUUUUGCUGGUACUCCGGCUGGUACAGUAUUUAUAAUUACAAGUUUAACGAAAAUUCUUGUUCCGUUUGUAGGUCUUUCAUUGUUAACUAUAUUUAAGAAGAUAAAAUAUAAUAUAUAUUAUUUUUUAAAAAAUGAAUGAAGAAAACAAAAUUUUAUAUCAUACAUCUACAACUGAAAAUGAUAGUAUAUUAGAUUUUAAAAGUCCAAAACAAUUUUCUAAAACAAAAUUAACUGAAUUUAAUUAUUUCAAUGGAGAACAAAAGAAAAAGACAAAUAUAAAAUUUAAAAAUUUUAUCAAAAGUCAAAGAGACAACAAAAAAAAAAAAGAACAAGAAAAGAAAAGAAAUUUGCAAGAAUCACAAUCUUUUAUAGAAUCAUCAUUUUUUAAAUUUGAAAAUAAUUGUAAUAGUAAAAAUUCUAAUAGUGACGUAAAAGUGGCUCUAGUAUGUCCUUUAUGUUUUAAAACAUUUAAGGAUCUUAAUUCUCGUGCAUUACAUAUGAAAAUUUGUGCAUAUAAAAAUAAUAUUUCUACAAAGAAAUUAUUAGAUGCUAUAGAGCUUCAAAAACGUCAAGAAGAUGAAAGAAAAUCACUAGGUUUGCUUGUUGCACCUAUAGUACAAAAUAAAAAAAAAUCAAUGUCAUAUAGAACUUCAUACGAAGAAACUGAUUUUCAACUUGCCUUAGCAUUAUCAAAAUCUCUUCAAGAAGCGGAAGAACUUGAUAAAAUAAAUGAAAUUGAAAAAUUACCUAAAGUAUUAAAUCAAUUUAUAUUAGAAGCAAAUAAAUCUGAAAGUCAGUUGGAAAAAUUUGGAUUCAUAAACAGCAAACCUCCAUCAUUAAUAAAAAAUAAAAAGAGAAAGAAUAAUGAAAUAACUUUACUUCAAACACGUUCUGAAAAAGAAAGAAAUCAUAUUUUAACUGAAAGAAUUUCUGAAAUUUUAAUGGGAGAUGAACCAAUUACUCAAAAUCAAAAAAUUAAAUGUAAUUAUAUAAUUGAAAAAAAAACUAAUUUAAAAAGUUAUUUACUUCAAGAACUUCUUAAUAAGGAAGAAAAAUUAUGGAAUAAAGCAAAAUUAUCUCUAAAUCAAAACAAUUUUUAUGUAUCAAAUUUAUCACAAUAUAUAACUUUAGGAAAAAAACAAAGAGAAGAAGAAAUGAUUUUAGAUUUUGCAAAUACAUGUAAUGUAUAUAAUCAUGUGGAAUCAAAUCAAAAUUCUACUGAAUUUUGUAAUAAUGAAAAAAUAUAUGAAAUAUCACAUAAAAAAAUACAUUGUAUAAAUGAAAAAUGCGAAAAUUGUCAAAAUAUGCAAUUUAUUAAUACAGUAAUAACAAAGUGGGGUGAUUCAUUAAAUGAUAGUUCUACAAGUGAUAUAAUAAUAUUUGUUAAAAAUGAUAAAUAUAUUUGGGCACAUAAAUUAGUUCUACAUAUUCAGUGUUCAAAUAUACUACUUGAUGUUACAUCUAAUGAUACUUUAUUAUUUACUAACAUUAAGGAAAAAAUUUCUUGGAUAGAUGUAUCUUAUAAUAUUGCUUUAGCAUUUUUAGAAUUUAUUUAUUGUGGUAUUAUAGAAAAGUAUUCAAAUAUUUUAGAUGAUUUAAAGAAUUAUUCAUUUUUAAGAGAUUUAGCAAGAAAGUAUAAAGUAAAAGAAUUAUUUGUUUUUUUAGAAAAAAGACAAAUUAAAAUAAAAAAUCAAAUGGACAAUAAAGAGCAAGAACAUAUUUCUAAGAAAAAAGAUAAUUUAAAAUUAACUAAUGAUGAAAUAUUAAAUUCAAUCAAUGAAAUUAAAGAUCAUAAAUUUAAUGAUGAUAAAAAAUUAAAUAAGAAAUGUUUAGAAAAAUACAUUAUAGAUAAAUCAAAAUUUAAAAUUGAAUUAAAGAAUGAUAAAUGUACAGAUGAAUUAUCACAAAAAACAAUUAAUUGUUUAAAUGAUACAAAUACAAUUCAGAAUUCUAACAUAUCUCCUGAUUUAUUUGAUGAUACAAUACAAACUAAAAAAACAAAAUAUGUUAAUAAAAUUAUAGAUAGUGAAAAAACAAAAAAUAAUGAAAAUUCUAGUAUAUAUGAUUCAGUUAAUCAAUUGAUCAAUACUAUCAAUUCUUCUACAUCUGAAAAUAUUGGAAUGUUUAAAAAUACUAAAGAAAAUAUAAACUUACUGCCAAAUAUCCAGUCUUUUAGUACUCCAAAUAAUAAAAAUUGUAAUAUACAAAAAUUGAAAAGUAAUCUUAGUUUAUUUAUUGAACAAAUUCAAAGAGAAAAUGCAGAUCUUGAUGUAAACUCUGAAGAUUCAGUAUUAUCAACAAAUUAUAAAAAAUAUAGAAAUCCAUUUAAUAUAAGACAGAAUGAUUCUUCUGAAUAUUGUAUAUCUCAAAUAAACACUAUUACAGAAAAAAAAUAUAAAGCAAAAAAAGAUAUUUUAAUUGAUAUAUCAGAUUAUGAUAAAAAUUCAAAAGUAGAUAUAAAAAUAUAUGAAAAAAAUGAUGCAAAUAUGUCUUUUAAUCAUGAAUUGAUAGAUAAUAUGAUAAAUUCAUCAGAAUCUAAUAUGGAAAAAUAUAAAAAUAAUUCAUUGAAUGAAAAUAUAAGUAAUAUAUGUAAUCUUGAAAAUGAAAAAAUAUAUUUCACAUCUAAAGAUUCAUUAAAGAUUCAUCAAGAAAAUAUGAAAAGUUCAGAAAAUUUAGAAAAUGAAAAUAAUACAUUUUCAGAUACAAAUGAAAAUGAAAUAUCUAUGUACUCAAAAUACAAAGAAAAACAUGAAAAUAAUAGUAUAGUAAAAUAUCGGAAUUUUGUAAAGGAAUCUAUAUUAAAAAAUAAUAUAAAAAACAAUGUAAUAUGUGUAUAUGAAGAAAAGAAUAAUAUAGAUAAUGAUAUUUCACUAUCAAACAAUAAGAAAAAUUCAGAAUUAAAAUUAAAUCAAUCAAAUAUAAAUAAAUAUAAUUCAAUUGAAUCCUCUAUAUUAAUAUCUUCUAGUUCCGAAUUGGAUGAUGAAAAUUUAAAUAUGUAUGCAUAUGAAAAAAACAAGAAAAAUAAAAAUAUUCCAUGUAGUGAAAAUUCUAAAGACAAUAGCCAAGUUUUUGAAAAUGAUGUUUACUUAGCAAAUAUUUAUAUUGAUAAUAAUGAUGAUAAUAUUGAUACUUCAUUGUUUGCCAAAGAAAUAAAUCAAUUAGAAAAAUUAUUAACUACAAGAAAAUCUAAUAGAAAAUUUCAAAAGAAAUCAAGAUCAGAAACAAGUUUAUAUAUUAAUACAAAAGAUAUUAAGAAUAAUAUAAUUAAAUCUUAUGAUAAUUUUCAAGUCUGUACAUGUAAUCAUAAAAAAGAAACAACUACACAUGAAAUUAUUAGAGAUAGUGUUACACCUCCUCCUAAUUAUAAUGACAUGAAAACAAGUGAACUUCAAACAGAAUUAAAUAAAUAUGGAUUAAAAAUACAGAAACGAAAAAGAGCUAUAAAAUUAUUAACAUAUAUUUAUGAUGAAUUACAUCCAACAAUUUGUACAUCAAAAAGUGUAGAAUCUAAAGUGGUAAUAAGUACUAGUGAAGAUGAUGAACCUCCGAUGAAAAAAAUAUAUAAUAGAAAAGAUAUUGAUUGUAUUGAUAAUUAUGAAUAUCAAUUAGGGCUAUCCCAGGAAUAUACAAAUAAAGAAUUAUCAUUAAAUAUAAUUAAUAAAGAAAAAUUAAAUGAAUCUGAACUCACUUCAAUAAUUGAUAAUACAAACAUUAAAGAUAUGUUUUUAAAAAUUCUUUCUAUUAAAACAGAAUUACAUAAUAAAAUUUUAAUGUAUGAACCAAUAUGUAUUAAUACUUUAUAUUCUAUGUUAAAAACAGAAGGUUUCAAAUGCAAAAUGAAUACUCUCAUGAACUUUUUAGAUGAACAGUGUAUUACAUUUUAUGUUUAG